AUGGCCACACCGCCGCCGCCCUUCCUCGCCGCCAAGCCCCCGCCGGUGCCCGUGCCGUCGGCCGAGCGCCUGGCAGCGCUGUACUCGUUCACGCGGGCGCAGCGCGAGGCCAACCCGGACGGGUACCGGCGCAACGUGCAGUGGUGGGGCGACGUGCUCCAGGCGACACUGAAGACGGGGUACGCCGGCGCGCUGGACGGCGCGGGGCGCGACGUGCUCGUGCUCACUGUCGACGGCGAGCUGCUCGAGCGCUUCGCGAACGCAUCAGGCGCGACGCCCAAGGGGCUCGGCGGCGUCGUCGACACGCUAGCCAACGGGCCCAGUCCCACACUUGUGCCGCUGCAGCGCUUCCUCACCUCCCCGACGCCGAUAGACGCCUCCCCGUCUAUCACGUCGCGCCUCGCUGCUGCUGGCUGGUCGGCACUCGGGCGGCUGUCGCCCUUCGGAGGAGGCGAGGCGACCGAGGACGCGCUGUGGAAGGCGGCGAAGGGCUCGUCGUUCGUGGACAAGGCCGUCGUGAAGACCGCGGCGCAGAAGUUCUCAAAGUACAUUGACGCGCACCCGCCAGUCCUGUACUCAGAGUCACUGUACACCCGCACUUCCUUCCACAAAGAGUUCGCGGCAGAGGUUGGGUCGCCGGCACCACUGGGCAAGCGUGACAUCGACGUGCUCCUCGUCUGGCUCUCGCGUGACGUUGGUUCGGUCGUCGUCGACGGUGAUGUGGUCAAGAUCCUUAGCAGCGGCCAGGUGGCGGCAGACCACCCGAUCACGGAGGCCGACCGCGGCGCCGUCGCUGUGACCGGUGCGCUCGCCCAGAUCGAGGCGCAGAUCUCUGCUGUUGAGGCCGAGGGCUCCCAGUGCCAGGAGAAGGCGAAGAAACAGCUGCGGCUGGGCCAGCGCGCCACGGCGGCAAGCUACCUCCGGAGCAAGAAGCACCUGGACGAGGUGCUCGCGAAGCGCGUCGCCGCAGGGGAGCAGUUACGCGGUGUUCUCCGCGCGCUCGACCAGGCGAAGGGCGAUGCCGAGAUCAUGUCGGCGUACGAGGCGUCCACGGCCGCGCUGUCCAGCGCGCUGUCCGACCCCCGCCUCUCGCCGGAGCGUAUCGCCGCGACGACGGACGCGCUCGCCGACGCGCUCGCAGACCAGAAGGAGAUCGACGACGCGGUGCAGCUCGGCGGCCGGCUCGCGGCCGGCGCGGCGGGCGUGGACGUCGACGACGACGACGAGCUCGAGAAGGAGCUCGCGGCCCUCGUGCUCGAGGAGAAGGAGGAGCAGCGCAAGGCCGCCGAGGCCGAGGCGAAGCGCAAGGUCGAGGAGGCUGCCGCUGAGGAGCAGCGCAAGGUUGCUGCGGCGGCCGCCGAGGCGGAGGAGAAGAAGAAGGCUGUGGCGGCCGCUGAGGAGAAGCGCAAGGCGGCGGAGAAGGCGGCUGCAACUGCCGCUGCGGCACCUGCCCAGCCUGCAAAGACGUGGGAGGAGGCGCACGCCGACGCGCAGCAGCGUGAACGCGAGGAGAAGGAGCGCGCGGCUGCCGAGCGUCUGGCCCGCGAGGAGCGCCUCGUGGCCGCGGAGUAG